AUGGACCAAGUUGAAUUUGGCAACUAUGUUCUUCAGUAUAAGAAUGACAACCCCAACACUACCAUGGAUGAAAUAGUCCAGAAAUACAACGAGUCAAAGCAAGGUAAACAAGCAAUGAAUACAAGGAUAGUUACAAACAACAGUUGGGACGAGUUGAAUCUUAGCAGAGCUGGGUUAGAUUCAGAGACAAUAUGGGUUAAUAGGAGCAACGGGUUCGUAGAGCAACCAUGGGGUCAACAGAGGGAGAAUAGUUGGAAUGCAUUACAGCACAUGCAUUGGGAGGAGUAUAGAAUAGUCAAGGAUGAGGAAGAGCAGUUUGCACAGACAUUUAGGGUACCAUAUGACAAUCCAAAAGGAAAGCAUGUGGAUCAUUUCGUGAGCUUCUGUAAUAAAUGCAUUAAAAUGUGGAAUCCAGCAAAGUAUUAUGCCCUAUACUCAUUAAUAGUGCAGUCAAGUGGCACUGAUGCUCAAGUGACAGAUCCUCAAAAAUGGCCAAGCAAAAGACUCUAUGUCUCCUUGGUUGCUGCCAUCGAAGCUGGCAAUUUAUCAUUUUUCUCAACACAUCUCACUAUGCUUAAGAACACUGCUGCUGCUAAGCUUGUUGGAAGCAAGUUUCCUCAUGUUGUUCAGAUGCUUGAGGCACUGAGAGUAGGGCAAAUUUGA